GCCGCUGCUCGCCCCGCGGUCCGUGCGUCCGCCGGUCUCGCAGGCGGGGCGGAGAAAAUGGCGUUGCCCCCGGCCGCCGCGCCCCCCUCCGGGGCCCGGGCACCGCCGGGGCCCCGCGCCGCCGCCGCCGCCGCCGCCGCCACCGCGCCGCCGCUGGGCCUGCAGCAGCUUUCGGAGCUGCGGCCCGAGCCGGGUGGGAUCCCGCUGCACUCGCCCUGGACCUUCUGGCUCGACAGAUCCCUCCCUGGUGCCACAGCAGCUGAGUGCGCGUCAAAUCUGAAGAAAAUCUACACAGUACAAACGGUACAGAUAUUCUGGAGUGUGUACAAUAAUAUUCCUCCUGUGACUAGCCUGCCUUUGAGAUGUAGUUAUCAUUUAAUGAGAGGAGAGAGGCGGCCACUUUGGGAAGAGGAGAGUAAUGCAAAGGGUGGCGUAUGGAAGAUGAAAGUUCCCAAGGACAGCACGUCCACAGUCUGGAAAGAGUUGUUGUUAGCGACUAUCGGGGAACAGUUCACAGACUGUGCCGUCGCAGAUGACGAAGUAAUAGGAGUUAGUGUCAGUGUCCGGGACCGGGAAGACGUCGUCCAAGUCUGGAAUGUAAAUGCCGCCGUAGUGGGGGAAGCCACCGUUUUAGAAAAGAUCUAUGAACUCCUGCCCCACAUAUCUUUUAAAGCCGUAUUUUAUAAACAUACCAUUUCAGCCUGUUAAGAGAGAAGAAAUUAAUGUUCAGAAAAAGUAGGUACCCCAUAUGUGCAGUAACUCCUUUUCCAUAAUGUCUUACGGCAUCUGGGGUUCAGCAUCAUUGAACGAGAUUAAAUGAACGUUACAGAGCUAUAAAAUUGCAUGUAAAAUAACUCAAAAGUGUUCAAAUGACUAUCAAAGUAGUCUGGGAGUGAAUUUCCACUCAAAUUAAUUGUCACUCCUAGAUGUGGCUUAGCAAAGCUGUUACUAAAUUGGAAGGAUCCUUUGAUACGUGGAAGUAUCCAAAAAAAUCAAAGUAUUCCCUAAACCACGUGAAUGAUAAGCAAAAGUCAUUGUGAAGUCAGUAUUAUUUUGUUCAUCGUUGCUACUAAAAUUGAGAGUCCCAUUGUAUAUGUGUGUGUUGAAUGUAUCUUACUAGAAUAUCCAAUACAACAGCCUUUUGGAUAUUCUAUGCUCUUGUGUCCUUCGGAAAUCGCAAGGUUGAAGAAACCUGUCUUAAAUGGCUUUGUUUUGGUUGCUGCCUGAGAAAAGUGAUCAACUCACUUAAUGAAACGCACGAUCUCUUUAUGACAGUUUCAACUUAGGUCGAAGUCAGAGAAUUUUUCUGAAACUUCUAUCUGGGAACAAGUGUUUGAGAUUUAUUAACCUGGCAACUUUGCAUGAGAGAAACAAACGAAGUAAAUAUUAGCAUUUCUGAGUUCUCUAUAGAACUUUUUUUUUUUUUUUUCAAACAAAGAAGCGACGUUUGAUGAAGGUUUAGGAGGUGAAAAUUUUAAUUUUAGCAGUUUACAUAAGUGAUGAAUGGGGAAUAUUAAAGGACUUCGAGCAUUUUAAUUAAGUUACAGUGUUUCUAGUUUCAAUUAGAGCUGUUAGCUUCGUGAGUAUACAUUAAAUCACCCCCCCCAAAGAAAAAUUUCUCAGCCCGUAAUCAGGUAAUAUGGCUGACAGCCACUGUAUGGUUUUUCAAAAAGUCUUAACUAUCUUCUCAGUAAUUGGGUAAUAACAAGUCACCAUCCCUUUGCAUGUCCCCCCACCGAGAUUUCAGUUUCAUUGAGAUUGUUAACACAAAAAGAUUUCUGAGCUUAAACUAGUGGGCACACUUGACCUUGGCACCGCCAGUACCCUUUGUCCCAAAUGUAAAAUCUUAUCACUGGCAUUCACAGUUAUUCAUUCUUUUGAACCGUGUUACCUGUGUAACUUGAAGCCGGUUUAUUUGCCUGAUGUUUUGGAUCUGCCUGUGCCCCUUCCUCCCCGUGGUAUACCAUCUGUGCCCUGUGCAUUGGGGGCCCUUUCACAUAUGGCUACAAGCUGGUGUAAUGCCCUUCCUUUUGAUCUGGCUUCAUCUCGUGAUUUGCUCAGUAUUUUUAAGGUCAGACUGAAAAGUUUUCUGUUCCAGUUAUUUUUGAUUUUAUAUUGUGUGUUGUGUUUGAUGUUCAGAUACAUGUGAAAGUUGCUUCUCUAAGUCAGUAAUUUUUAUUCCAGCCUUUGGCAGCCAUCAGGUAAGACUAGACUGUACUUUUCUUACUUGAAAAAACAUAGUGAUUUAUGUGUUUAGUGCACAUGUUUGCACUUUUCAUGCAAAAGUUCUUGCCGUUUUCUGAUUCGGGACUGUAUUGCUGUGAAUUGGUGCUCCUUCCUUUUCUUAAGUUAGAACUUCGUGGGGUUUGUUUAAGUGUUCAUUAAUCUGUAGAGCUUUAUGUCGAGAUCUUUCCUAAUCUGUUGCCGUGGAUUCUCACGCUGUAACUGGGUUCUAUAGUAUAGAAAUGUCGUUCUACUCCCUCAGGUUUAGAAUUUCAUGCAAUGUUAGAAACCACACUGCUUCAUCUUAAUAAGGUUCCAGGUAUAUAUAUGUGUGGUGAUUGUCAAACCCUGUUUAUUCCGGCACCUACUGAAACUUUCUGUCCACCUGUUUGGAUGCGUGUGAAGCUCCUAGCAUGGUGUCUGACACCUAGUAGGUUGCCAUGCGUCCUCCGGCAGGAAGCAGCUAUUCCUGUUUCUUCUACUCCCUUCUUUUUUUUUUUUUGCGGUACGCGGGCCUCUCACUGUUGUGGUCUCUCCCGUUGCGGAGCACAGGCUCCGGACGCGCAGGCUCAGUGGCCAUGGCUCACGGGCCCAGCCGCUCCACGGCAUGUGGGAUCUUCCUGGACCGGGGCACGAACCUGUGUCCCCCGCAUCGGCAGGCAGACUCUCAACGACUGCGCCACCAAGGAAGCCCUCUUCUGCUCCCUUCUUGAAUGUAUUUGGUGAUAGGGCUCACGUUGGUGUCUUAGAAAACACAUUUUAUUUUCAUUCUUUUUCUUUACCCUUUACUAAGAAUGGUUUCAUUUUAGAGUAAACCAAUCAUGCUUGUUUCUCUUUUGUCCCCCAGUUUGCCCGUAAGAUUCAGUUGCCCCUUAUGUAGCCACAUAAAGUCAAUUUACUCUUGCUUUCUAGCUAACAUAUGCCUUUAAAAACAAGCAAAAUGCCAGCACUCUUAUUUCUCCCAUUCAUCUGCAGACUCUUCCUAACUCUCCCUGUAAAAGCAAGCAGUUCAGGAUUGUGUAUAUGAUGCUCAAUUAAUUUUAACACAGUGAAUUAAAUGAAAUUAAUUAAUUAAAUGAGGAGCAGGGCAUAACGCUGUGAAGGCUCUAAGAUUUCCUAAUAUCUCCUCCACCCAUUUGAGUCUGGUGACUGCAGCCGUGUAUUCAGUGUGUCCUUUAUCACCUAGAGGUUAUCCGUGCACUUUUGGAAUGUGUUCUUGGUGGUUUUAUAAGCAUAGGCUCUGCCUCCCCACCUCAAAUCCAGUUUUUUCGAGGCCAACCGGUGACUCUUUUAGUGUAGUAACCGCUGUUAGAGAACUUUUCACUGCUUUCACUAAUGAAUGUAUUUUUUAAAACUCUCUGGAAUUCUGCAGGAAGUUAGGUCUUUUGUUAUAAAAAGAAAACAGUAGCACUUACAAGGCUCAGCAAGCCUUAAAAUGUGUAUCAUUGAAAUAUGUAUCUAUUUCCCAUCAUCUGGCUCGGCCAUGGUGCUGACUAGCGUAUUUCUUGCCAGAGAAAAUAAGUUUAAAUCAUAAGCAUAUUUAACUAGCGAGCAUAAAUCAUAAGCCUUUCCAGUCAUAAGCACGCUGAACUCUGGUACCGUUUGUACAGAUGGUAUGGUUAGUGCGUGUGCUCCACCCAGCCUCAAAGAUGUGGACAAGUUUUUACUCCCCGAUUUCCUCUUUCACUGGGGAAACUUAAAUCAUUUGUUUUCGGUGCACAUAGAAUUCUGGAGAGCACAGACCUAGAGGAGGUUUCAGGUCCUAGGAAAGUUUUGGGUUUUGUGACUUACUGGAGAAUGAAGGAAGUGAAGGUUCAAUACUAAAGCAAUAAUGCCCCCUUUUAAGGCAAACAUAAUUGGUGUUUUGUGAAGAUAGUCAAGUUCUGAAGGGCAGGACUUUGAUUUUCAGAGUGUAUCUUUAAAAAAAAAAAAUCACGGACUCAGAAAUAAAAUUUUAACAGAAGUCCCUUGGCUUUCAAAGAGUGUUCCCCAGGUGGCUGGUUCUACAGAAAUACUUCGGGAUACUGCAAACAAAGCUCCUAUUGUAAAAUAUAUUUUUAAAAGUCUAGUAAAACGAUAGCACAUCCAUACUGACGUGCGUUGCGUGGCAAAACGUUAACAUUUUGGAAGCCAGUAAGCGUAAUUUACGUGCUCAUUGAUUUUGUUUUAUGAAACAACACUUUUAAGACCUUUUUAUUAUAAAAUAAAACCAAGAUAUAGAAAAACCGCCCAAAACAAACGUGUAGCUUAGUGAAUUGUUACACGGGGAAGAUUCUUAGAACAGCACCCAGGUCGAGGACUGGUGCCCACUACCCCAGGAGCUGUGCCCACUACCCCAGGAGCCCCGUUCAUGAGUCCCCUCCUGGUCACAGCCCCACCUUCCCCAUUAAAAUAACCUUUAUCCUAACUUAACAGUAAGCACUUCCUUGCAUUUCCUUUUGGUUUUAUCACUCGAGUGAUAAACCUCAGUUUUAUCUUUUUCUGUAGAAGCUCCUCUACUUAUGAAAGUUGAGGUCAGAAAAAUCAUUUAUGAGCCCUUUGAAUGAUAAGUGCAGAGUGACCGUCUAUAAACAGUUGCUAUCCCCCCAAGUCAACAACUGGACAGGCUCUGAUGUGCUUCUGCUGGGGGUUGCUGCUCUGGUCACAGCUAUAUUAUUAACAGUAAUAGCUGAUGUGUAUGGAGUUCCAUGCCCUCUAAGCACGUGGAAUAAUUAAUGUACUUCUCUCCAAAGCUCUAGGAGGUAGAUCCUCUCAUUGUUGUCCCCACUUUCUCUGUGUGCAAACUGAGGUUCAGAGAGGUGGAAUAACGUGUCCGAGGUCACACAGUCAGUCUGUCUCAGAGCCAAGUUAUAUCCAAGGUAAUGGCUCCAGCCCGUUCUCCCAAUGCUAUGCUGCCUUGAUGGAAGUUGAAGAUUCCGAAGCACAAGGAUUUUGAGAUUCCACAUAAGAGUUUACUUCUAAAGGAGAAGAUCUACAGCUUUAAGAAACAGAUGGAAAAAUUGCUGUCCUAGAUCACCUUUUUUCCUUUUACAGAUGAAAAAAUGACCCAGAGAAUAUAAAGAAUCUGUCUAAAGUCACACAAACAGUUGGUGGCAAAGUUACAGACAGAUCCCCAAACCUUCCAGCUGUUAAAAUCAAUGAUCUUUCCUUCAUUCCAUACCUUAUGUGGAAAAAAAGACAUUUUCUAUUCUGCUUUUUUGCAUCAUUUCCACAGGGCAGAGUUGACUUGAAACCAGUUUAUAACUAGGCCGCACCACCCACUUGCUUAUUUUCUCAAGGUUUUAACUGGGAAUUAAAAAAUUUGUAUUUGAAGUUUGCUUCCCCGCGGCACUGACUGAGUGCCCAGUCUGUGGAUGCACGUGCCUCACUUCUUCUCCAAAGAAUGUACAAGAAUAACACAUUUGACUGUUGUGGAUGGCAGGUGAAAAAGAAUUACUGGUAUAGUGUAGGCCCUUCAGCACAUUCACGGCCAAUUCUGGAUUAUCCCAGCACAGAUGGAUUGUGCAAAAUCCCUCUUCUGCUUCUUACUGGUGACCUUUAACUAUUUGUGUUUGCAAAUGCUUCUACCAGAGAUUGCAAAGGAGAAGAGCAGAGAAGAUGGAAUUUGAUUCCAUGACCAGAAGGUUAGGCAUCCUGGUAAAAGGUUGGGAGGUUUUGGUGGCAGACUGUGGGAUCCUGUCUGGGUUGAACCUCUCUGGGAUGCCCGACUUGGCCUUGCGUGCAAACCUUCAGAAGGGAGGCAAACUGGGCAUCAUGCACGGAGCUUAGUUUGAAAUUUGUGUUACUGCGUGGAAAUCCUGUUAGCUUGUGCCUUGAGCAAAUCACCCAUCUUCUCUGAGCCCCGGUUUCCUCAUCUUUAGAAGGGAAGAAGGUGGAGCUGCUUCAAGGCAAACAGCAUACGUAGGCACCCGGCUCGGUACUUUGCUCAUGCAAAGCGUUAGUAAAUGGUACUUCCACUGGUUGACUGUAUCCGUGAAGUAGGUCCGGUAAAGAGAAUGAGCCGAUCCAGUGAAACUCUGGCACUUUCCUCGUGAGGGAUUGGCCCAGCUUCAGCUGUUUGAAGUCCUGCAAGUUGUUGGUGGCAACACUGGCCAAACCCGCUAGUCUCCUAACUGCUUGUUUACCGGUCUUUCCGCCUCAUCACACCAUAUUGGGGAAAACAAAGCUACCUGCUUCACCUGUGCUCUAUGUACCUGGCUUCUGAGUCCAUUUGCCACAAACCAGUUUAAAACCUGAAUGAACCUUCCAGUUAAUUAUUUUUUAAGGACAUGACUGCCAUCAUUACUCAGGAAUAUGUAUUAAGAAGGAAGUUUGGGGGCUUCCCUGGUGGCGCAGUGGUUGAGAGUCCGCCUGCUGAUGCAGGGGACACGGGUUCGUGCCCCGGUCCGGGAAGAUCCCACGUGCCGCGGAGCGGCUGGGCCCGUGAGCCAUGGCCGCUGAGCCUGCGCGUCCGGAGCCUGUGCUCCGCCACGGGAGAGGCCAGAGCAGUGAGAGGCCCGCGUACCGCAAAAAAAAAAAAAAAAGGAAGUUUGGUAGAUGAAAAUAUUUCCAGGCCGAGCAAAUUAGUAUUGAAGCAUGAGUCCCGUGUUGUGCAACAUGGAUUGCAGGCACGUAAACAUGACACUGGACGAAGACUGUAGCAGGCUCCCAAGAAUUGCCUGAGUUAUAGGCAUAUUCUUUGAAUCCUGGGUACCUUAAAGGAACGUUGAUAGGCAUUAAUAUAGCUGAGAUAAGGAUUAUAUGGGAUACUGACUCAUUCAGCAAGUAUGUAUUGAAUCUUAGUUAAAGUAAGUAUUGCAUCCUAGUUAAGAUGUGCCGGGCACUGGCACAUAUAAACAAGACAUCAUCCCUUCUUCGUGUAGCUUACGAUUCAGGGGAUUGGUAAAUACCAUAGAACUUCUGAACUACUCCACGGUAAGAAAGACAGGAAGUAGAUCUUAAACAUCUCUGAGUUCCAAAUGCCUACACAUACUGCAGUCUCAGUGCAGGUUUGAAUGAAGGAAUGUUUGCAUGUUACCCUAAGCAGAGGUGGUUUUUUUAAUCAAAAUAUCCUUAGAUUUCUAAAGCUGAGUGUUUUCACUAAUCUCAGUAUUGUUUUAGAAUUGUCUGGUAAUAGUUUUGACAAUGAAUUCAGUAACCACAAAGGCUGUUUAUAAUUUGUUGGUGCUUUUCAAACAUCUUUCAAAGGCAAGCGAGCCCCUAACUUUUGCUCAGUAAUUCACUCUGUCUUUCUGUCUCUACCUGAGGGGUAACCGUCAUAAAACGGCCUGUGCACCAACAUGUUAAGUAUGGGCAUUCUUACACUGUGGAAUGUCUAAAGAUUGCUUACUCUGUCAUUUUUAAAAGCCCUGUAAUUCCUUAUAAAGCAUAUAUAGCAUCUGAACAAGAAAUAUGACACUAAGUCUAGGAUUAAAUAAUAUCUUGGGGCUGCUACCUUAUGCAUUUUCAGCAGUUUGGGAACUCCACUAAGUGCAGGUUAACAAGACCAGAGCAUCAUAAAUGAGCAUCUGUCCCAUGACCCAGCUGGAGACCCCUCCGAUUAUUCAUUCCAGAAGCACGUGCUGACACCGAGUUCAGCCCUCUCGGCUCUCCCACUCUUAGUGGUCUUUUAAGAUUGGCAGGAGGUCAAAUCCUUCCAGCCCCACGCUUUGUGGCAUGGCUAAAUGUUCUCUGGGUGUUGCAUUGUAGCCCUGAUGACUCAAUUUUCAAAAUUAAAGUAAACAAAAGGAGACCCUGGCCAGGGAGCAAUCCAACCCUGAACGUUUACGUGGAAAAGGCUGUGUGUGUGUGUGUGUGUGUGUUUUAAGUGUUUUAAAUGAGAACAGGCAGCUCUGCGGAGAAGAACGUGUUCGAUUGGGCACCACUGCUGUUUUGCCCGCUGACCCGGGCUUUCGCAAGCCCAAGUUCAUCCUUCCACUUCAAAGGCCUGGCUCUGAGCGGAUCACACAUUUUCCUUGAUGACAAAUUAAUCAAACUUGAUUUCUUGUACGAGAUGGAUACAAAAGAACGACAACUCCCCAAGGCCCGAAAGUCAAUAAAGCCCUUCUGGCUCUGAUUAGAGUAACAAAAGGAUAUCUGAGAGGCAUCUUCCUCCUGCUGGAGGCUGUGGGACGGGCCUGAAAGCAAGCCGGGCUUGUAAAGGAGAAAGGCCUUAUUAAAACACGUUUCAGCUGCGACUGAGUGCAUGGCGAGCCCUCCUGACAGAGAAAAUUACUUCUUAGUAGAUGCUCACCUUUACUCAAGAGCAAAGUUUCCGCUUAGAAGGACUGAGAGGAAGUAGUAUAUUAUGAAUCUGAAAUGUUUAUAGAUCUCUCCUUUUAUGUUUCUGCUGUGAAGAUGAAGUUAGAAAAAAAGAAAAAGAAAAAUCGCUCUGUGAUAUCUGGCAAGCGUUAGAGAUAGCCCUGAGUUUGGAUAAGGAAAUUGACUUCUACCUGGCUAAAAAGGGAAUUCCCCGAGUGCAGGGGAUUUACCUGUGAAGGCAGGCCUAGCACAAGGUGAAGGAAUGGGCUUCCAAAUGCAAUUGCUGGGGGUCUGCGCCGACAGCGCUCUCAAAGGAGAGCGUGAGAGAAGCCUUCUGCUAAAUCGGGGAGCACAGGAUUGCAACGCAGAACCCUCUUAGCAGCUCUGUCAUCUGCCGGUUCUGUGGGGCAUCCGAGGACAGUUUGCAUCCUUGUGAUGGCUCUGCCUUCUAAAUUGAGAAGAAUUGCUGGUGCAUGAAAUACGGUCCCCUAACUGUCCUGGGCCAGCUUUACGCUUUUCCCAAAACGCCUUCACAAAAGGAAUGGUUCAUACCUUGAGAUCACAAUUUUGGAAAGAAGUCCCGGAAGGUUUUUUUCUUCCCCUUUAAUAAUGUAGGCAAAACACGCACGACUACACACUGUGGGGUCCGCUUCCGUAAUUUUGUAGGGUCCGCUUGCCCAGAGCCCCUCCCGCCCCCCGACGACUGGUGGCUGGUAAACGUGGGUGGAGGGAAGUGGGGUCACAGGGGUCCAUCUCUCACGGCUGACACUUGGUUUGAAGAUCCCUCCUCCAAGUAUCUUUCUGACCCUGACAGGUAGGUUUCAAAACGUCUGUGGCAUUCCAGGACCCUUAAUAAUUUAAAGCUGUCGUUUAGAUUCCAGCAACGGGCGAACUAUACUGAGGGUUCUGCCGCCCCCCGUGAGCUGGAGCCGUCCUCAGCCCUGCUCUCUGACAUGCAGGCUCCAAGCUGCCAAACCCUCCGCCCCCACCCUCCCUGCUCACCCCUUUCUGGUGCUCUGGGGGUGAGCCCAGGCCCCCUCCCCCAUCGAGCCUGUUCUGAGCUUUCCCGCUUGAGCGGAGCCCUCCUCUCUCGGAAUCUAAGAGACACCUGAGCCUCUUUAACUCCGCACACACCGCCCCCCGCCCCCCGCCGCCCCCCGUGGCCCUCGGUUCAUCCUGGUGUGCGUGUUCGUUUGUCAGGCAUCCCCGGGCCUUGCCACACUCCACCUCACCUGGGUCACAGGAAGGAUGAACGCCCCCAUCAUUGGGUGGGAAGAGUAAAUGAGAAAAUUAUGCAUGAAGGCCCACUACCAACUGUUAAGCGUUGUUCUUCUGUAGGUUUUGCUGUUAAUGCCUCAUGGUACUGCAGUGUUUUGGUCAAGGUAGGCCUGGGUUUUUUGUUUUGUUUGGGGGUUUUAUUUUGUUUUGGUUUCUAGGUAUUUGGCUCAUUGUUUUAAAAUCACAUUCUAAAGUAGAGUCCAGAAACCCUUUAUUUUUAUGAAAAUUCGUGUUUUUAGGAUAAAAGUAGUACAUGCUCAUUUAAGCAAAGGUGAACAAUAAUAAUAGUAGCUGGCCGCCUCCCCAUCACCUUUUUUAUUCCUAAAUGAUUAGUAGGAAGUAACAGUGUUUAUGAAUAUUUGAAGAUAUGCAAGAAAAUUGGGCUGCUUCAGGCCAGGGUUGGGGCGAGGGGAGAAUGCAGGUGUAAAGAAAGUAAGGGAUACUGAGUAGGCAAAAGGAGGGACCAAAGGAAUGCGGUGAGCCUGGUGAAGAGGCACCGCCUUACCUCAGGUGGUACAAGAAAGAAAGUUACUAGUAACACCUGUCUCUUCCCCGUGUUUAAGAACGUCAUUAAAGGAAGCCUAGCUCCACCUCUUAACUCCGUUCCCGGAGGGGACGUUUGAAGGCAGAGAGAACCUGCGAGAGUCCCCUUGCACUUUCAAGGGUUUGGAAGGCCCCCGAAUUAGAAAGUAAGUCGUCACUCCCACUGAUCGACAAAUACGCAUCAUCUUGCCACCAAGAGGCAGAAAUUUUGGGCCCUGCAGAAACUUCCGUGGAGGUUUGUGGUCUUUAAUUCUUUUUCUUGUCAGUGUUGUAUCUUGUCUUUAAGAAUGGCUUGUGCCCCUUGCGUUUAUGUUGCUGAAUUCUAGUCCCCAUGACAUGAGUUGUGCGCUGUAAAUGGUUUCUGCUGGACGGUUGGUUAGAGUUGGAGAGUGUGUCAGAUUCUAAGAGGAUGAAAAUGGGAGUUACUUUGGUCUUCUUGUUUGGUUUGCCUCGGUGGGUUGUUACGUCUCUUUGCCCACAUGGAGCCCCCAGACAGAGCAGCCCUGGAAUGUCAUUCAGAUGAGGUGGCGGAGGCUGCAGUGGUGUGAGGACUUUGCCAGGACGGCGUGUUUGUGUGUGUCUUUGUGCCUUGGGAGCUGAGAAGAUGCCUUCUGCCUGUGGAAAGGCAUCAGUGACUCCUGGUUAUAACAUACCCUUGUUCUGACAAAGCUCAGUAGCCAUUUCACAUAUCCGUUUCAUUUUGUAUAUUUCAUUUUUUUUUACAAAAUUUUAAAUCUUGUCUUGGAGACAGAAACACCUAAUGAGUUCCUAGAUUGAGCUGUUGGAGGACAAAAUGUGUUUACCUGGGACAGAACACAGGUUUUGAAAGCAAUUUGCGUUCAGAGUCUGUUACAGUGACUGGCUUCUUUAUCUCCAGUUCUUAGGGAUACUUUGUUCAUUGAAUGAAGUUCAAAAUAGAUCAAAAGUAUCUUUUUUUUUUUUUUUUUUUGCGGUACACGGGCCUCUCACUGUCGUGGCCUCUCCCGUUGCGGAGCACAGGCUCCGGACGCGCAGGCUCAGCGGCCAUGGCUCACGGGCCCAGCUGCUCCGCGGCACGUGGGAUCUUCCCGGACCGGGGCACGAACCCACGUACCCUGCAUCGGCAGGCGGACUCUCAACCCCUGCGCCACCAGGGAGGCCCAAAAGUAUCUAUUUUUAAAAGCUGCAGAAAUUCUUAGGUUAAUUUUUAGCCAAAUAGGUAAACAAAGCACUCAGCUUAUCAGAUGGUUUCACAUUCACUACCCAUGUGUAACCCACCAGCGUCAACCUUGAUAAACUAACCAGUGCGGUUUUCCUGAGAUCCUUGCGAGAUUCCUCCCAAUUAGCUAGAGGGAGUCAUCAAGAGACAACGAAGACCAGCUGUGCCUUGGAAACUCGUGGUGAGGGUUCGUUCUAGAGAGAUUCCACUGUGGUGGAAGGUGAGCCCGGGAAAGUCCUCUCUCUCCGUCGGUUAGGUGGUAAGGUGUGGUCUCCUGCGCCCAGUAGGACUCAGGCAGGUUGGAGACCCUCUCCCAGGGUUGCCAUUGCAGAUUUCCAAGAUCCAGUACGUUAGGUCCUCCGGGGUUGUCUGUUACAUAAUCCCACCUCUGUGAGCUCAAGCACAAUGAGGAACCUUUCUCAGCUGCACCUGCCAGACACAGGUGUGGACCUUGUUGGAAGGAAGAGAAGCUGCCAUUUACCUUUGGAUAUGAAUGGGCUUCCUGAAUCCAUGCUGGUCAUCCUUUGAUGAUUCAAGAGCAGUCACUGACCUGAAUCAGGGUCCCAUCUAGUGACACUCCCCUCUUUCAGAUGAGGGCGCUGAAACUUAGAGCAGAACGGUCCCUCGUCCAAGGUCACAGAGCUAGUGAGCCUCAGAGCAGGAUCUGGACCUCACUCCCCAUAUUCCACACACAGUUUCCUUUUCUCUAGGUGACUAUAAUUUUGUAGUUGUUUAAAUCACACAUCCCUGUCCUCUAUUCUGCCUUUAUUUUCUGAAUUCUGUCCAUUCCAAGCCUGAAGUUUUCACUGAGGAAAAUACAUGUUUUAAAAGUAACAAUUAGGGGGCUUCCCUGGUGGCGCAGUGGUUGGGAGUCUGCCUGCCGAUGCAGGGAACGUGGGUUCGUGCCCUGGUCCGGGAAAAUCCCACAUGCCGCGGAGCGGCUGGGCCCGUGAGCCAUGGCCGCUGAGCCUGCGCGUCCGGAGCCUGUGCUCUGCAACGGGAGAGGCCACAGCAGUGAGAGGCCCGCGUACCACGAAAAAAA